GAUCUACCACACCCGCGGUUCAUCCGAGCGGAACUCUUGUCUAAGCCAAAGCUUUCCACAGCGACAGAUAUCUGAGUAACUCCUUCCGCUCCGGUCUCAGCCUGCUUCCCCGCACAGCCUCAAAGCUAACGCCGCUGAGUACUGUUAAAGGACCCUAUCAUUUACGUUCCUCGCAUUUUACUGUUUUUACUUUAGAAAUACAGAUAGUUGAAGAUGACAGACCGUUACAACAUCCACAGUCAGCUGGAGCAUCUGCAGUCGAAGUACAUCGGCACAGGCCACGCAGACACCAGCAAAUGGGAAUGGCUGGUUAACCAGCACAGAGACUCAUACUGCUCCUACAUGGGCCAUUUCGACCUUCUCAAUUACUUUGCCGUCGCUGAGAACGAGAGCAAGGCUCGGGUCCGCUUUAACCUGAUGGAGAAGAUGCUGCAGCCGUGUGGUCCACCAGCUGACAAACCUGAAGAUGCUUAGGACAGUUUUGACUUGGUCCCUGCAGCCGGAUGUUUUCUGUUCAUUCAGUGCUGGGAGAUCAAAUAUAGAGACCCUGGACACAUGGGGGGUUGUGGGUGAUCUUUGAAUCCUCUUGUUUGUGAACCAGUCAAUGUUUUCUCUUUUUUGUGAUAUUUUGUAUAGAUUGUUGAACUACAAGUGUUUGAAGAAAAUAAAAUUGAUACCCUAU